AAACUCCUCGCAGUGGUCACCUCAGUCUAGGUAGGGAGAAGAACAGGUGUGGUGCCCUUGUCCCACAGGUGCGCUGUAGAUAAGACCUACGACCAAGGCACAGAGGAGCCAUACAGAGCAGCACCAUAUGGCAGAGACAUGACAGGAGCUUCCUGCUACAUUUUCACUCAGCCACAACCUUAAAGGAAUCAACAAAUAUAUACACACACCAACACCAAAUUUAUUUUCUUUUGGCUUGAAAGCAUAGUGCUGGGGAAAGUGUGAGAGACCGGAACAUUCUACUGUCCUGACAGGGUAAUCUGACCGUGCCAGGCCUUGUACACCACACAACGUCGUCAUGAAUAUUUCCCUAGAGAACCCAUACGGCAGCGUGACCAUUCCACGCGCCCAUCUGCGCACCGGCGACGAAAACAGCACGAUCAUCAUCAACCCCAUGGCCCUGGAACACAACAACGGCGCCAACCCUUACAACGUCGUGCCCAUCUACGGCACAGAGGGCAAGAAUGGUACCCAGAACCCACCACCCUACGGAGGGGAGGGCAACUACACCGUCAAGGAGGACGAUGAGCAGGUGGGCCGCUGCAAUGCCUGCUGCUACCGCUGCCGACGGAAGUGAUGCCAACAGCACCUUUGGGCCUCAAGCUCUUUGGGAGACUAUGGAAGAUCUGGGGAUGGGGAGCUUGGACAGUGCCACUAUCCUCUCCAUGAAGGAAAGGCCAAGAGUCUAAGACAUCCCCAAUGGCAGGGUCCUUACAAAGACUAUUUAUUUUUGGACUCCAGGGAGAAUAUGAUGAGUUGGUUAUUACCAAUAUGUCAAGCCAUUUUCCUGUUGUCCUUUUCAGUUAGUGCAAUGCCAUUAUUACAGUACUUCUGUAUUGUACUUGGGUAGGGUAUUUAUUUAUUAUCUUCAAAGUGCCUUGUAGAACACCUUUGUGGCCAUACUCAAGACUGGUCAUUUUUGCAUUGUUAAAAGUGUUUUAUUAGGGUGUGGCUGGAGAAGUGCAGUACUUUACACCUUAAUAGACAAAUGCUUAGGACUGUUGGGUCCAGCCUUUGAUCGCUGCCAAGUGCACAACAUGUUAUCAAUGUUCCUAUACUAUUGUUAGAACACAAAAGAAAUGGGAAUACUGUGUGCUCUGAUUUCAAUGAAAGUACACAUGGACUUUUCACAAAACUUUGGGGUUGUAGCCGAAGAAUGAAGGAAUUUGACCGGUUCACAGUUUCUGGGUGUCUUGUCAGAUGAGUUGACCACACCCCAGCCAUUGGAACUCCACCGCCGUCCCAUCCGCCUACUUCAGAGGACACAUGCAUUCACCUGUCCUUAAAAGGAUGACAAGCCUCCUAAAAAGGACUUGAGGAAGGAAGAGCUGAGCCGCUCCAUCAGUGGAAUCUAAGACUGUUCUCAUACCUGGAAUUAAAUUCAAAAAGAGGGGCCAUAUCUAAGUGCUUGGAGAUGCAUACUGUCGAGGCCAUUCACAGCAACUUGAGCGAUUGUUCAUCACAAUAUCAGUUGUUAUAAUAAAAGGAUAUUUGUUACACACUA